GUCCUUGAGCGUAUUGGAGCUACUACCCGCCAUAGAAAUGGCGCCUCUGUUCUCUAUGGGCGCUUCCUGAGAGCGCUUGUCAGACGCGCUCCUGUAAGCGCAGGCUCUCAGAACCUGAAGGUCGAAACGGGGCCGCUACAACCUCCGCCAGACUUGGAUGGGUAUUGCCCGGUGGCUUCCGGGACACAGCCAUCCUCGAUACCGACCUCUUUUAUUUGGCCUGAACCACUCAGAUUUUCUGCUAUGUCUGAUGACCAGAUCAUAGACGCGGUGAACCGAGCUGGCACCGCAUUUGGGACAACUGUGCCCGAUGUGCCACUGGAUGACCUAAUGACUUGGGACUGGUUCGAUGUCGGAAAUGCGGCAGAUUUUGGCUUCUGAAUGGAGGGGAGCAGAUCGGUGGCUACGCGGAUCGAGAAAUGAUCUCAUUUCUGGUUCCGAGCCGAAAGGUCCUGGGAGCUCGGCCGCUCGGCGACUAGAAGUAGCGCCGAGUGCCGAGGGGCGCCGUUCUCAGCUUCCCAUAUUAACCAGCCUGGUUUUCCUGCUUUUCAUGGCUUAGUAGCCUCUGCAACAUUUUUCAAUCGCGAUUAAUUCAUCCUAUAGCCACGAGGAAAAUGGCAACCAUUCGAUUAUCCGCGUUGGUCUUGUCACGAAGGUUGAUUGUUCGUCCGCAAUGCUAUCGACGGUCGCAACUUUCUCCGAGCCUGUAUGCGCCUCUCGCUACUAGUAUCGGUAGCCGGGCCAGAUACUCAACUUCUACACACGAGCAAGCUCCGCGGGCCCCGAAGAUUGACCGUGCCGCUUCAAAGUUGUUCAAGGAUGCGGAUGCGGCCGUGGCAGAUCUGAAGAGCGGGUCAAUCAUUCUUAGUUCAGGCUUUGGCCUAUGUGGUGUCGCAGAAACAUUGAUCUCUGCGAUACACCGCAGAGGGGCAGACAACUUGCACUCCUUGACGGCGGUUUCGAACAAUGCUGGUCUCGCCGGGAAGGGCGGGCUGUCUACCCUAACGCAAGCGGGACAGGUCAAUAGACUGAUACUUUCCUACCUGGGAAACAACAAAGCUCUGGAGAAGAAAUACUUGACGGGAAAUAUUGCCAUCGAACUGUGUCCGCAAGGCAGUCUGGCCGAGCGACUACGUGCUGGAGGAGCUGGGAUCCCCGCAUUUUAUACCCCCACGGGAGUUCACACUCUGCUUCAGAAGGGAGAGAUUCCGGUGCGUGUAGACGAAUCCGGGAAGGUGCUCGAGCGUGGCAAGCCCCGCGAGACAAGAGAGUUUAAUGGCAAAACUUAUAUGAUGGAGACUGCGCUCAAUGGGGAUGUGGCGAUUCUCAGAGCGUGGAAGGUAGACGCUGCAGGAAAUUGUGUUUUCCGUUACACUACGAAGGCGUUCGGCCCCAUCAUGGCGAAGGCAGCAGCCCUUACUAUCGUGGAAGCCGAGAACAUUGUUCCCGUUGGCUCAAUCGACCCUAACGAUGUUGAUCUACCGGGAAUCUUCGUUGAUAGAAUCGUCCCCGCAACCGAUGAAAAGCAUAUCGAAAUCAAGAAAUUGCGGUCUGACAAGGGUGACGAUGCAAACAAAAAGGCAGAGGACGCUGCGACUGUCCUACGGAACCGAAUCGCUAAGCGGGCUGCUCGGGAACUCAAGCAGGGUUACUAUGUUAACCUCGGAGUUGGUAUUCCCACACUUGCCCCCUCGUUUCUGCCCGAAGAUGUGAAGGUUUGGAUCCAAUCUGAGAACGGUAUCCUGGGCAUGGGCCCUUAUCCGACAGAAGAGGAAGUUGAUGCGGAUAUCAUCAAUGCCGGCAAAGAGACUGUCACACUGGUCCCAGGCGCGGCCACUUUUGAUAGCAGUGAGUCAUUUGGGAUGAUCCGCGGCGGACAUGUAGAUGUUUCAAUCUUGGGAGCUUUGCAGGUCAGCGCGAACGGCGACCUGGCGAACUACAUGAUUCCCGGUAAGGUGUUCAAGGGAAUGGGAGGAGCCAUGGACUUGAUCUCCAACCCCGAGAAGACCAAGAUUGUGGUUGCCACCAGCCACACCGCCAAGGAUGGAUCACCGAAGAUUGUGGACCAAUGCAGCCUUCCUUUGACUGGCGCCAACUGUGUCAGCACGAUUAUCACCGAACUGUGCGUCUUCCAGGUCGACCGGACCAAGGGUGAGCUUCUCUUGACGGAACUGGCUCCGGGUGUGGAGGUCGAGGAGAUUCAGGACAAGACUGGGGCGAAGUUUUCGGUUGCGGAAAACCUGGAGAUCAUGGAAUGAGUCGAGGCUGGAUGUAUAUAUAAUGGACCCCUUUUUACCUCUUCCCUGUAAAUUUACCUCUCGAUUUUCUGAGUCGUCGCAGGUCUUCAUCAUCUUGAUCUAUACUAUAUAGCCAGGCAAUGAACCAC